AUGGCAGCAUCCGGAAAAUUUACUGCACUGGUCCGCCAACUGAGCACCAGCUCCGCCGCCGCUCAGCUGGUCAAACCACCGGUGCAGGUAUUUGGCCUGGAGGGGCGCUAUGCCUGUGCCCUUUAUUCGGCUGCCUCGAAGACGAAGGCGCUCGAUGCAGUCGAGAAGGACCUGAAGGGACUGCAGAACCAGAUGCGCACGGAUCCGAAGGUGCGUGAUCUGCUGCGUGAUCCAACCACGAAACGUAACGUGAAGGCCGCCGCUCUGAAGGAUGUUGCCGCGAAAGUUAAGUUCAACGCUGCCACCGGUAAUCUGUUAACUGUGCUGGCAGAAAACGGACGCCUCGGUCGUCUGGACGGUAUCAUCAAUGCAUUCAGGUUGAUCAUGGCCGCUGAGCGGGGCGAGGUGGUGUGUGAAGUGAAGACGGCCAAACCACUGGACGAUGGCCAGCGCAAACAGCUGGAAAAUGCUCUUAAGGCAUUCCUGAAGCCGAACCAAACGAUCCAGCUAACGGCUCAGGUUGAUCCGGCGCUGAUUGGCGGUAUGGUUGUUUCGAUCGGUGAUAAAUAUGUAGAUAUGAGCGUUGCCAGCAAAAUCAAGAAGUACACCGACAUCAUUACGUCGCCCGUUUAA